AUGUGUAAACUGGCCACCCUCUUCACUUUGGCUCUUCUAUUGAGCUUCAAUUUAAUCCAUGCUUCACGCCCUAAUCCUUCCCUUGAGAAUGGGGGUGUUGCAAAGGUUGAUAUAGAAGAUGAGAAUUGUGAAGAAGGGGCAGAAGAAUGUUUGAGAAAAAGAACACUAAUUGCACAUAUUGAUUAUAUCUACACUCAAGAUGGAUCAAAAAAUAAGAUUAGAAAAUUGAGCAUGUCUAAACAAGCCAUUUUCUUCACUUUGCUUCUUCUCCUAAGCUUCAAUCUCAUCACGAUCCAUUCCUCACGUCCAAACCCUUCACUCAACACUCUCUCUUCUUUGCAUGUGGCAGAGGUAGAUGGAGAGUUUUGUGAAGAAGAAACUGAGGAAUGUUUGAUGAGAAGAACACUAGCUGCGCAUGUCGAUUAUAUCUACACUCAGAAGAAUAAACCCAAACCUUGAUGCCAUCACACACUUUCAAGACCAAAUACCAAUACAAAAAAAUAAUAUACAAUUAAUACUUAUACAUAUAUGUGUGUACCUAUUUCAUAAAUAAACAUGUGUUGAAUUUGAGUUUGUUCUUUUGACCUUGUUGUUGCUUGAUUCUUGUGUUAUCUUGUAUAUGUAUCAAAAGUAUUUAUAUACUUGGCUAUGGUAAUUUCUCAAGUUCUUAAGUUCUUUGUAUGUAAGAUAUGAAUACAAGCAUCCAUCACUAGAUUUUUUAACCUGGAUUUGUACUUAUAAAUUAUAAAUUAUAAUGAAAUAAACCAUUUUUUGUUA